AACCACGAACUGUCUACACUCGUGUUAAAGGACUCAUCGCUUGUACAAUGCCUAAAUACGUAUAUACAUACUUUGACGCCAGGGGUCGGGCGGAGCCCGCAAGAAUGCUAUUUGCCGUGGCAGGUGUACCCUUUGAGGACCGUCGUAUCAAACAAGAAGAUUGGCCAGCUCUUAAACCAAAAACUCCAAUUGGAUCAUUACCAGUGUUGGAGGUCGACGGUGAAUCUAUUGCUCAGAGUUUGGUCAUCUUUCGCCAUCUAUCAAGGUGUUUUGGUCUAGAUGGUAAAACUCUUUUGGACAAAGCAAGAAUUGAAGAAAUUGUUGAAAAUCUCACCGAAGUUAAAGAAGCUGGCUUCAAAGUUGCUUUCUGCCAGGAUGAGGAGGAGAAGAAAAAGCUCCAGGAGAGCUGUAUGAAGACAUUUGAUAAUGUAUGUAAUCGCAUAGAAAAGAUUAUUUCAUCCAACAAAUCAAAAGAUGGCUGGGCUGUCGGCGAAAAGAUGAGUUUUGCGGACAUCAUGUUGUUUGAGGUUUUUGAAGGAACUCUCAAACAAGAUCCAUCAGCAUUAGAUAAAUAUCCUAAAAUCAAAGCCUGUCGACAGAAAGCCGAGGCAAAUAAGAACUUGAAAGAUUAUGUAAGCAAGAGGGAGGAAACGCCAUUCUAAUGUUUAUAGU